AGCCUAGCUAACUAGAAGAGUCUGGCAACGUCUUCGUGAUCUUGUCUCACGCACUGUACCUAAUCCAUACAUACCUACCUACCUCAGACAAAGACCAAAUUGAGUUUGACAGGCGAGGCAGGUAAGAUGGGUAGGCAGUCAUUGUUUGAUCAUACUACGUGUUUAUGAUACUUUCCCCUGCACUACCACAGUCGCGGAUCUAGUUACUGUAAAUAAUUCUUUCUGUGCUCUCAUACAGCAGCGCUUCAUACCCUCCCGCCGAGAACAACAUUCAUCUAUUGCAAUCCCUGCCGCCUAGCCCGGUAUGCGGCCGCACGCCAGACACUCGAUAUACCUACGAUAACGGCCCACCCUUGGGGAUUUUCUCGCACAAUAAACGAGGGCUCUCUAUCGCACUAUGAGCAGAAUGGAUGUUGUCGAAGGUAUCUCGACAGCUGCUCCUGGCGUCCCAACCAGAAGAGUGUCAGAAUCCGAAUUCUCAGACUCCGAGCGCCCGACAGUUGCCCAAGACAAAACCGGCCCUCCGCGCUCGCGCCUUUCUCUCCGUGUAUCGGCGCGAUGGUGGAGAAAUCUUCAAUGCAUUGGGAUGAACCUACACUAUAUGGCACCACCGCGACCGCCGACUCCCGAAUUCACCAAAUCGAUCCCUUCAACACUUUCGAGUCGACCUGGCGUCUUUACAUUGCAUUUUUACGUGCCGGAAGACUACCACAAAAGCGGCAGCACAGCGAAGUGGCCAGCAGUCGUCAACUUCCACGGAGGCGGAUUCACGAUAGGCUCGGCGACCGAUGAUGCCCGCUUUGCGCGAUUUGUCCUGGAAAAGAGCAAAGCCAUAUUUAUCUCGGUCGACUAUCGCCUCGCUCCCGAACAUCCGUUUCCCGUUGCCGUGGACGAUGGUGCUGACGCACUACUCUAUGUAAUCAAGAAUGCUACCGAGUUGCGCAUUGAUCCGAAUCGGUUAGCCACCUCGGGCUUCUCCGCAGGAGGUAACAUCGCCAUUACAGCACCCAUGCGCCUGUAUCUGUUGAGCCAGACAGAGCCCAUCCCUGAGCAUGAAAUUGUCGCACUCGUCACAUUCUACCCAAUUACAGAUUACACACUCAGCAGGGAAGAGAGACGAAAUACCGCGGUGCGACCAGAAGAAACACUUCCGGCAUCGCUGACCAAUCUCUUUGACGCGUCGUACCUCUUCCCUCCUAACCUAGACGUGGCGGAUCCAUGCCUCUCACCAAAUAAAGCUUCAGACGAACUCCUCAUGAAGAGUAUACCACACAACGUCUUCUUUUAUACUUGCGAGUUGGACAUGCUUCUCAAAGAAGGCGAGUAUCUUGCCUGGCGCUUAGAACAACCGCCCAUCUCCAAGCGCCUGUUUUAUUCCAUGAUUCAUGGUGUUCGCCACGGCUGGGACAAGGGCCCUAGCCCUAUCAAACCGCCACACAAGUCAGAAAAGAUAUACAGAGAAUGCACUACACGGCUUUGGAGAGUAUUUAACGGUGACAAGUUACAUUAUAUACUUGAGCGACCACGCCGCGUACCGCCGCCGCGGCCAUCACCACCGCCUCUUCCAUCGAGAGGAAAAGAAAGCUAAUAUCAGCGACUGCCUGAGCGAGGUGCAUCUGACCAUAUAUUCGUCCUACAUUAGCAAGCACGUAUUGGUUUGACACUUCAGAUACGCAAAGCUCAUUAAUCAUAAUAAUUGGAUGUGAUUUGUUCAAGUAAUUAAUACUUAAAACACAAGACGCUGUAAUACUGUCUCAGCAGACUAUCUAGACGAUCAGAACCUCAUCACAGUCUGGAGAUGGAUUCAGGAACAACCAUCCUCCUAAUUCCAUUGUAUAUUUAUUACAUCCAUAGAAGCUCUUUGGGGAAAU